AUGAACAAUUCCCUGGAUUAUCUGGCCUACCCUGUUAUCGUCUCUAAUCACAGGCAAAGCACAACCUUCAGAAAGAAACUGGACUUUGGCCACUACCUAUUUCAUAAGAAUAGAAUACAAAUAGUGAAGCCUACUGUUGAUACCAAACCUCCAGUGGCGCAUACACAUCAUAUUUUAAAAUUGAGCAAACUACAGGGUGAACAAAAGAGAAUCGACAAAAUCGAGUACGAAAAUAAGCAACUAUGCCAGAAAAUUGCAAAUGCUCAUCGAGGCCCUGCCAAGGUGGAUUGCUGGAAUGAAUAUUUUACCAAGAGCUUAAACAGAGAAUCGAGGAACCGUGAGCUAGUGAGAAUCACGGUGGAAAACCAAGGCAUUCUGAAGAGGCUUGGUGACCGCAAACCCCACUAUGACCGUAGGUCAUCUGAGAUAGACUGGCAGGCACGUGCACAUUCUUGCCGCAUCUCAGGCAUGCACACAGUUUGUCUAUGUUCAGCCUAG